UCUGGGAAGGGUUAACUCACAGUCUGUGCUCGGGGCCCUAAGGCUGGCCCAGGCGUGGGAGGGGUGGGCCUGAAAGGUGGAAGGGCUUGGCUUGCAUUGGCUGCCUGUUCCAAGACAGGAGCACAAGUGCUUGCCCAGCUGGGCUGAGUGUGGUGAACUCAAGUCGCCUUUAGGAAUGGCUGAAAAAGCCCACACCUGGAGAUCCCUCCCUCCCUGCCCCUCCACAGCAGGUCGCAUCUGGGAGACUCUCCAGCCGUUAGAGGAAUGAGACGAGAGUGAGCAAUUCACCAGCUCGCCGGCACUGGGUGGAAAGCAGCAGGCAAGGAUGGAUGUGGUUGACAGCCUUCUUGUGAAUGGAAGCAACACCACUCCUCCCUGCGAACUAGGCAUCGAAAAUGAGACGCUUUUCUGCUUGGAUCAGCCCCAUCCGUCCAAAGAAUGGCAGCCAGCUGUGCAGAUUCUCUUGUAUUCUUUGAUAUUCCUGCUCAGCGUGCUGGGGAACACGCUGGUCAUCACGGUGCUGAUUCGGAACAAGAGGAUGAGAACCGUCACCAACAUCUUCCUGCUGUCCCUGGCCGUCAGCGACCUCAUGCUCUGCCUCUUCUGCAUGCCGUUCAACCUCAUCCCCAACCUGCUCAAGGAUUUCAUCUUCGGAAGCGCCGUUUGCAAGACCACCACCUACUUCAUGGGCACCUCUGUGAGUGUAUCCACUUUUAACCUGGUCGCCAUAUCUCUGGAAAGAUAUGGUGCAAUUUGCAAACCCUUACAGUCCCGGGUCUGGCAGACGAAAUCCCACGCUUUGAAGGUGAUCGCCGUUACCUGGUGUCUGUCCUUUACCAUCAUGACUCCGUAUCCAAUUUACAGCAACUUGGUGCCUUUUACCAAAAAUAACAACCAGACGGCGAAUAUGUGCCGCUUUCUCCUGCCAAACGAUGUUAUGCAGCAGUCCUGGCACACAUUCCUGUUACUCAUCCUUUUUCUUAUUCCUGGAAUUGUGAUGAUGGUGGCAUAUGGAUUAAUCUCUUUGGAACUUUACCAAGGAAUAAAAUUUGAUGCUAGCCAGAAGAAGUCUGCUCGAGAAAGGAAACCGAGCACGGGCAGCAGCGGCAGGUACGAGGACAGCGACGGGUGUUACCUGCAGAAAGCCAAGCACCCGCGGAAGCUGGAGCUUCAGCGGCUGUCCAGCAGCAGCAGCGGCAGGGUGGAGCGCAUCAGGAGCAGCAGCUCCGCGGCCAACCUGAUGGCCAAGAAGCGGGUGAUCCGCAUGCUCAUGGUCAUCGUGGUCCUCUUCUUCCUCUGCUGGAUGCCCAUCUUCAGCGCCAACGCCUGGCGGGCCUACGACACGGCCUCCGCGGAGCGCCACCUCUCGGGGACCCCCAUCUCCUUCAUCCUUCUGCUCUCCUACACCUCCUCCUGCGUCAACCCCAUCAUCUACUGCUUCAUGAACAAACGGUUCCGCCUGGGCUUCAUGGCCACCUUCCCCUGCUGCCCCAGCCCUGGUCCCCGGGGAGCGAGAGGAGAGGUGGGAGAGGAGGAGGAAGGCAGGACCACAGGAGCCUCCCUGUCCAGGUACUCGUACAGCCAUAUGGGUGCCUCCGCCCCGCCCCCGUGAGCAGGGAGCCGCCUGCAGGGCAGAAGGAAGGAGCAGGACGGCGGAAGGGGACCCAGACGAGGAGGAUCAGGAGGCAGGACGUGAGGGAGGAGAAGGUUCCAUUGCCAGGGGGAACUAGUCGUUGCUUUUCAUCCUUCAUCCGGGCUCCAGGAAACACUGCUAGGGUGGGGGCAUAACUUGCUUUCUAGGCAGUUCAAGGCAGGACAUUUUCAAUCAUUCACCAUCAG